AUGGCGAGCCAAAACGCCCUCGAGAAAGAGUCGGCACCGGCCGGAAAGGCAGUCUAUGACCCGGACUUCACUGCCCGUGUCAUUGCCGCUACGGGGCCGAACGCCAAUCCCCGUCUGGCCCAGAUUAUGCCGAGCCUGCUGCAACAUCUCCAUGACUUUGCAAGAGAAGUCGACUUGACAGUCGGUGAAUGGAUGGCUGGCGUGCAACUUAUCAACGAGGCAGGCCAAAUGUCCAACGACGCCCGUAACGAAACCCAACUUGUCUGCGAUAUCCUCGGCCUCGAAUCCCUCGUCGAUGAAAUAACCUCCACACAGCUCCAGCUCCAAACAACGUCCUCUCUCGCAGCAAACCCGACAUCGUCCGCCAUCCUAGGCCCUUUCUACCGCCACGACGCCCCUAUCCUCCCUAGCGGCAGCUCCAUCGUCUCCUCCCUCGACUCUCCAGAAUACCAAAAAGCCUCGACCCACCUGUACGGCCGUGUCCUCGACCAGAGCGGCAACCCGGUCCCCGGCGCCAUCGUCGACCUCUGGCACACCGCCCCGAACGGCAUGUACGAGCAACAGGACGCGGAUCAGCCGGACAUGGACCUCCGCGGCCGAUUCAGGACCGACGAGGAGGGGAGAUACUCGCUGUACUGCCUGCGGCCUGUGCCGUACCCCGUCCCCGACGACGGGCCCGGCGGCAAGAUCCUGAAGCUGCUCGACAGACACCCCUUCCGCCCCGCACACAUACACUUCAUCGUCUCGGCGGACGGGCACAGGCCGCUGACGACGCAGCUUUUCGACAGCGAGGAUAAGUUCCUCGAGAACGAUACGGUUUUCGCAGUCAAGAAGGAUUUGGUGGUGGAGUACAAACCGAGCGAGUCGGAUCCGAAGGCUGCCUGGGUUUUGGAGUACGACUUUGUGUUGCCGAGUACGUGA